AAAAUCAAAAUUAAGAAUAAAAAUUUGCAAGUCAUGUUUGACAUUGUUUGUGUUCCUUAUUUUGCUGACUCGAGUUUCAUUUCAAGUUGUUAGUGCACAUGGUUAGCAUAUUAAGACAAAGUAUGAAAAUAUGUUUGGUGGGGAAUAUAAAUCAAAACCCAAGGUUUCUCUUCGCGGAGCCAGUAAAAAGGAGAAAAGAUCAUCUUUGAUUCAUAGAAAUCAAACUGAAAGGGAAAGACGCGAGGAAAAUAGAAGACGGAAUUAUAGUGCGUUGAAAAUUCAAGCAUUUUUUCGCGGAAAUUGGAUUCGAAAACAAGAGUGUGAUGCACGAAGAAAAGAGUUUGAUGAGAUUUUGGCACAACUUGAAGGAAGUGAACACCCACACAUUGACAAUAUUCAUUUGCUGCUUAGCUGCUUACUUUAUUUCUACUCCAGACAUCAAGAUACAGAACGACUGAUAAGCACAUCCCAGUUUUUACUGAAGAAUAACAAAAGGAUAAAAAUUAAUGAUCACAGACGUUGGACCUUUCAGAUUAAGAAAUUUUUAUGCCUUUGUUCCAGCAUUUUAAGGGAACUGAUUAAAACAAAAAAGAGAUCGUUUGCAAUUCCGUUACGUAUUCUGGAGUCUUUUACAUCACCAGCAUGGUAUUCUGAAAUGAGCCGAGGCAUCUAUAAUGAAGAAUAUGCAACCACAAUUUUCUUGUGUUUGGCUGAGAAUGAUUAUUUCAGCCAUUUACGCUACGUUUUGGAGGAACGUGUGCCAUCGUCCAUAGAGUAUGGCUCAUCUACUCCUUUAGCUGACAGCCUUGUUGAUCUCCUCACGAAACCACUACGACAAAUAUGUAAUUCAUCCCAGGAAAACCAGAGAUUCAAGCUCUUAUCUUCAUUUGCGGAGGCGGUCUUUGUUCCAAAACUAUCAAAUCAAGUGAAGAAUUAUCUGCUACCAAAACUUCAGGAUCAGGGAGAUUUUCCAUUCAAAGAUCUUCUCCAAUGCUUACAAAAUACUCAAUUUACGUCCACUGUUUCCCUACUGUAUUGCAUUUUGAAGUUAGCUCAAUCAAACAUAGAAACUCUAGAAACAUCGGACAUUCCACUUUAUCUGGAAACGAUUUUGAAACUGUUACGAAAACUCCCUCCUAAAGUGGAAAGAAGCGAAAAAGAAGAAGAAAUUGAGGAUUCAGAUGAUGAAGCAUCAACCUCUUCUCAAAUGCAACAGGAUUUGCACGAAAAAGACGACGAUGAGGUGAUUGAAGAUUGUUUUGAAAUGUUGAACGAGAAACGUCAUGUAAAGUUAUUGUUAGACACGUUUGAUUCGAGAUCACAAGCUGACGUAAAGUUUAGCGAAGAUUGCAUCAGGCUGCUUACUCUUAUUGUUAACAGUUUGAUUUUUGAACGAAAAUGUCAUAUCCAUAAAUCCAGAAUUUUAUUGACGCUGUCGUCUAAUCGCACUUUCUUUACAAAGUUGUGGAACAUAAUAAAUCAUGUUUCGAUACAAUCGAGUAUUGGGAAACGUUUAUCAUUGCUUCAAAUGGUGAACCAUGGUAGCAAUCUAAGAAACUGGGAAGCAGAAUGCAUAGCUCCACUCCUUGCUGUCUUCUGUUUUCUGCUGGGAAAUCUUCUCUUUUCACUGCACGAUAUUGAUUUUCGUUCACACGAUUCAGGAGCCAAGAUUCCAUUUAGUUUUGAACAACUAUCUGAAAUGGGUAGAAUGCUGUGCGAUACCACGCUUGGUGUUAUUGAAAUAAUGAAUCAUGAAAUCAGGACAACCACUGUACCUAAUUAUAAUCUCAGAUCUAAAAUUGCUAAAGUUCGUCUCGGUGAAUCACUUCGCGAAAAUGAGAUGUACAGUAAAGAUAAAUGGAAUAAUGUCUUAGAGGCGAUGACCCGCGUGAUCAAACAGUUACAUUCACGUGACACAAGGUUACAUUAUUGUCCUAUUGAUCAUUGGCUCUCGUCGAAAGUUGAUCUUCAAGUUGAGUUGAUUGACCUGGAAAUAUUUUUUCAAGAAAAAGGAACUGUGAACCCGUCAGACUACUUACAUGGAACGCCGGGAAAAACCUUUCUUCAUGUCGCCAUUUUAGAGCAUAUUCCUUUUGUUGUUCCCUUUGUCGAUCGUGUCAAGUUAUUUCAAAGAAUUCUGAAUGAAGAUAAGGUCAGACAUGCUGGAAAUCUUCACGGUUUCUUAAUGGGUCCAGAAGUACGAAUAAGAAGAGCGACAUUAUAUCAAGAUGCUUUUGAUGAACUAUCAGGUGAUCAAGAUCUCAAGCAGAGGAUUCAUGUUAAACUAUUCAACUUGCAAGGGUUAGAAGAAGCUGGUGUUGAUGGCGGAGGUCUUUUCAGAGAGUUCUUGAAUGAGUGUCUAAAGGCUGGGUUUGAUCAAAAUAUUGGAUUUUUCUCGUCUACUAGAAAUGAAUUACUUUAUCCAAAUCCACAGGGACAUCUUGUUGAUCAAAAUGUUUUCACGCAUUAUUAUUUCCUAGGAAAGAUGCUCGGAAAGGCGAUAUAUGAAAACAUGCUGGUUGAAUUACCGUUUGCCAGCUUCUUCCUUUGCAAGGUACUAAGUCAAACCAAUGCAGAUGUUGAUAUAAACCAUUUGGAAUCUCUGGAUCCUGACAUGUACAGGAAUUUACUGUAUUUGAAAGAUUGUCCUGAUGUUGAGGAUCUUGAUUUGAAUUUUACUGUCAUUAACGACAACCUGGGCCAUUCAGAGGUGGUUGAAUUAAAACCUGGAGGUCGAGAUAUCGUUGUAACCAACCAAAACAGAAUUGAAUACAUCCAUCUUAUGGCUGACUACAAAUUAAAUAGACAGAUUCGUCCCCAUUGUAACGCAUUUCGCUCAGGGCUAUCAACUGUGAUUGAUAUAUCUUGGCUUCGUAUGUUUGAUCCUAAUGAACUGCAGAUGUUGAUCUCUGGUGCGCAAGUUCCCAUAGAUAUCGAAGACCUAAAAAGCCAUACUUCAUAUUCAGGUGGUUUUAGCGAGGACCACAUUUGUAUGAAAUAUUUUUGGUCAAUUGUGUCACAGUUUAGCGAUGAUCAAAUGCGUCAACUUUUGAAGUUUGUCACAAGUUGUUCACGACCUCCUCUUCUUGGCUUUAAGGAUCUUUAUCCGCCAUUCACGAUACACACCGCUGGAAGUGAAGACAGACUUCCAUCAGCAAGCACGUGUGUGAACUUACUCAAGUUGCCCGAAUAUCCUGACCUGGAGACAAUGCGGCAAAGAUUAUUAUAUUCCAUUGAAUCUGGUGCUGGAUUUGAACUCAGCUAAUUGGAAAUAAUUAUUUAACGGAUAUUAUUUGAGUACUAAUGACUCAAAUACGGAAAAUGGAUGUAUGGUAUUUCCUAUACCAGCAGGCUUACUAACAUCUUUGUAAGAAAGUUGCGUGUUUCACAAUAGACCUUUGCAGUGAAGAUUUCCAUUUCGUAGCAAUGGUCCGUUUAUACGAUUUCGCGUAGGCAGGACGGUAAAUCAUCUCCCCAUUCGGCCAUUCCCCUAGGCGGGAUUGUAGCAUCUAUCAUCGCUUUAUGAGCAUGCGUGAACAUAAUCAAUUAUGCAGGCUACAGGCUACUUGUAUGGCUACAUCCCGGCCGUUUUUUGUCCAUUAUAGACACUAUAGUGUGCCACGCCAUCACUUCUAGGUGGAAUAAAAAACGCAGUAAAGUAAACAUGAAAAAUGCUGUCAUAACUAGCAUUAAUUACAAGUUGCAUAUGUUUAUAUACAAACAACAUUUAUGAAAAUGUGACGUAUCGCCAAUGUAUGUUUAUAUUAUAAAUAGAUUAUAAAUAAAUGGUACGUUCAUUUGAAAUAAUAACUUUUAGGUUUGUAUGUAG